CAAAAUGGCCGACGGUACAACACGGAGCGAGGAUCAACUUGGUCAAAAAUGGGACCAGUGCUUGUAUGAUACACUUGUUAAAACAGGUGCUGGAUUAGGCUUAGGUGUUGUAUUUUCAGUCUUCCUUUUUAAAAGGAAGUCUUGGCCAGUGGCUUUUGGUACUGGUAUCGGUUUAGGAAUGGGCUAUGCAAAUUGUCAAAACGUAUUUAAAGACCCUUUUUCAUUACGGGGAAAAAUAGUAAAGAUUGCUUCAGAAUCUCAACAGUAAACAUGGCUUGCUGUACACAGAGUUCAUUAUAUCAAUUUCCCUUAAAAGAUUUAAACCUUGCACCCUAGUUUGUAACAAAAUGGACAAGCCCUUGAUUGGUAUCGCUUGAGAUAUGGUCUUUAUUUGUAUAUGCAUGCUGCAAUGGAUGGAAUAUUUUUUUUAUCUGAAGAUUAAAAUGCUGAAGUGUGUUUUGAUUACAACAAUGAUGCUCGCAGUGACGGUGACAAAAUCUGGAGACAGUUUUACUAUAGAUAAAUAUGCCUGCAUAAUAAACUACAUGCUUUUCAGUGAACUUUGUUUUUCUUCUAAUGCCAAUUACUAAAAAAGCAAUUUCAAUGCAACUAUGUAUCUGAAUUGUGAGAAAAAUAUAAUACAGAAAAGUAAUUGCAAAAAUUGAAAUACACAUUGUGUACAAUUGUUCAUUGAUGAGAAAACAUGUAAUAUAAAUAUUAUGUGUUUAUAAUCAAACACACCGAGUCUCUAAUCUGUUGUAUUGUCUCUGACGAUGUGACUACUACGACGUUAGAACCAAUUAAUUCAGAUGCUAUUUUUGAUUUAUCACUAAAAUGGUUAAAGCUCAUUCCUGGAUGCUACUCAAAUAUUUGAUAUUACCGGAGUAGAGUUCUUUGCUGACACACAAUUGUCUAGUGCUGUUUUUGUUUCCAUUGUUUCACAUAUGUGAUCUUGGAAAACUAGAAAAUUUACCUGAUCUAGUAGUGCAGAAUUAACACUGGCUUGUAGUAUAAUUUAUCACACUGGAAAUAAUUAUUGUAAUAAAAAUAUUGUAGAAAGCAAUUCAGAAUGAUAAGGCAUGUCAUUAAAUAAAGUGUCUAUAUUGAAAUUUUA